AAUUCGGUGACCCUCAAUUGCCUUGAAUAUUCAAGUAUCGCGGAAAGCGUACUUAGCCUUGUCGGUCUGUUGACCUAACGAUAACAAAUGAAUAGAAGUCCACGUAGUAGUUGAUACAAUUUUUCUUUUUGUUUCCAUCCUUUUCUACGGUAAAUUUAGAACGUUACGAACGUUAACAACGAGUGUUCUGUUCAAGAUCCAGAGGUGCGCAAUUCGCUACCGCAGAACUUGCCGAAAAUGUUUUCGUUCUUGAAAACUGCCAAGGUACUCACAGCCAACUCCAGGACUUUCAGUUCUAAGGUAAAUCUCAACGAAGUUGUUAUCGUUAGCGCAGUGCGAACGCCGAUCGGAUCUUUUCGAGGCUCUCUGUCUUCCCUGCCAGCAGGAAAACUCGGGGCUGUCGCUAUUCAGGCAGCCGUCGAGCGCUCUGGUCUCACCAAGGAACAGAUAUCGGAGGUAUAUAUAGGAAAUGUUUGCCAGGGUGGUCAGGGCCAGGCACCUGCUAGACAGGCUGUAAUAUUUGCAGGUCUUCCAAAGUCAACGAUAUGUACAACUGUGAACAAAGUCUGUUCGAGUGGCAUGAAGUCCAUUAUGCUGGCCUCUCAAGCGCUGCAGUGCGGCCACCAAGACGUAAUACUCGCUGGUGGCAUGGAGUCCAUGUCUAAUGUGCCAUUUUACUUGAAACGAGGAGAGAUGACCUACGGUGGUAUGAAACUGGAGGACGGGAUAGUUUUAGAUGGUCUCAUUGAUGUCUACCACAAAUUUCACAUGGGAAAUUGUGCUGAAAAUACCGCAUCAAAAUUGGGUAUCACUCGUCAGCAACAGGAUGAAUUUGCCAUAAAGAGUUACACUCGUAGUGCAGCUGCUUAUGAACAAAAAGCUUUCAAAGAUGAGAUUGUUCCGGUUAAUGUGCCACAGAGGAAGGGAAAACCUGAUGUCGUCUUUGCCGAGGAUGAAGAGUACAAAAAAGUUGACUUUUCAAAACUUGCCAAACUUAGCACUGUAUUUCAGAAAGAAAACGGCACUGUAACCGCCGGGAAUGCAUCAACGUUGAAUGAUGGAGCUGCAGCCCUUAUACUGACGACAGCUGACAAUGCGAACAAAUUAAAUCUCAAGCCUUUGGCCAGAGUAGUAGCUUUCCAAGAUGCCGAAACAGAACCAAUAGAUUUUCCAAUAGCACCUGCAUUGGCUAUGCCGAAGCUAUUGGAACGUGCUGGAGUCAGUAAAAAUGAUAUUGCACUGUGGGAGAUCAAUGAAGCCUUCAGUGUCGUCGUUCUUGCUAAUGAGAAGAUACUUCAUCUCGAUCCCAGCAAAGUAAACGUUCAUGGAGGAGCAGUAUCGCUUGGUCAUCCGAUUGGAAUGUCCGGAGCGAGAAUUGUUGUUCAUCUGGUGCACGCUUUGAAAGCUGGAGAAAAAGGUGUUGCUUCAAUCUGCAACGGCGGAGGUGGAGCUUCGUCGAUUUUGAUUGAGAAAUUGUGAGUCCCUUGAACUUUGAUACAAUUCAAAAUACGAAUCGGCAGCCAUUCCUUUUAACCUAGUGAUC